CACACACACACACACACACACACACACACACACACACGCACACACACACACACACAAAUCCUCGUACCACAUAAACAAACAAGCUACCAACCAAACAGACAAAAAAACAAUCGUGCACAUUAGUUCCUAAAAUACUUCCGAAGUGCUCCUAACUCCAGACAGACAAGCAAACGUUUCUUAAGCACACACAUAUGGGCGACAUUAGGCUGAUUCGCUUUGGACUUUUCUGCUGACUCUCCUGCAACUGAACAUCUCAUUAAUUCUUCUGAAAAUGUCUGACUCUGAUCUCUGGGCGACAAGGCUGUCCCAACCGCAAUGGCAUAUUAUUCAGCGAUCACAUGCCUUUAGCAGCAGCUCUUCGAGCAGCAGUUCUUCAAGCAGUAGCAGCUCGUCAAGCAGCAGCUCGAGCAGCAGUUCUAGCAGUAGCAGCUCCUCGAGCAGUAGCAGCAGUAGCAGCUCGUCAAGCAGUAGCAGCUCCUCGAGCAGUAGCAGCUCCUCGAGCAGUAGCAGCUCCUCGAGCAGUAGCAGCUCCUCGAGCAGUAGCAGUUCCUCAAGCAGUAGCAGCUCUUCGAGCAGUAGCUCAAGCAGUAGCAGUUCCUCGAGCAGUAGCAGCUCCUCGAGCAGAGCAGCUCCUCGAGCAAGCAGCAGUAGCAGCUCCUCGAGCAGUAGCAGUUCCUCAAGCAGUAGCAGCUCUUCGAGCAGUAGCAGCUCGUCAAGCAGUAGCAGCUCCUCGAGCAGUAGCAGCUCCUCAGCAGUGAGUAGCAGCUCCUCGAGCAGUAGCAGUUCCUCAAGCAGUAGCAGCUCUUCGAGCAGUAGCAGCUCGUCAAGCAGUAGCAGUUCUAGCAGCAGUAGCAGCUCCUCGAGCAGUAGCAGUUCCUCAAGCAGUAGCAGCUCCUCGAGCAGUAGCAGCUCGUCAAGCAGUAGCAGUCCUUCAAGUAAACCAUGCAAUAUUAUUGCACGUAUUCAAACACCAUUACGAUUUUAA